CGGAAGCGAUGCUGUGUCAUUAGGACUAGCUUGACAGUGGUGUGAAGAUGGCGGCGUACAGUCGCACUCAGCUGCUGCUGCUGUUAUCGUUACUGUGUCUCUGCGGCUCCGGCUCUGUCCUCGGCUUGAAGGUUGCCAGCGGCCCGGCCGAGCCGCCCAACCCGCCCGUCCUCAGAGCCGCCGAUCCCCCGGCCAAGGAUGCACCUGCCGCCGUUGCUGCUGCCGCCGCCGCUGGGGCCUCACAGCCUCGAAGGGCGACCGGUUGGAAGCUGUCGGAGGAGGAGGCCUGCCGGGAGGACCUGACCCGCUUCUGCCCCAAACACACCUGGACCAACAACCUGGCCGUGCUGGAGUGCCUGCAGGACCGCAGAGAGGAAACUGAGAUUGCUCCCGACUGUAACCAUCUCCUCUGGAACUAUAAACUCAAUCUGACCACCGAUCCAAAGUUUGAGUCGGUGGCCACGGAGGUCUGCAAGAGCACCAUCGCUGAGAUAAAGGAGUGUAACGAGGAGGAGCGAGGGAGGGGCUACCUGGUGUCCUGCCUGGUGGAUCACCGCGGCAACAUCAGCGAGUACCAGUGUAACCAGUACAUCACCAAGAUGACCAGUAUCAUCUUCAGCGACUACAGACUGAUCUGCGGCUUCAUGGACAAAUGUAAAGAAGACAUCAACAACCUGCACUGCGGCAGCAUCAACAUAGGACACAAGGACGUCCACUCCCAGGGUGAAGUGAUCGCCUGCCUGGAGAAGGCAUUGGUGAGGGAGGCGGAGCAGCAGGAUCAUGUUCGUCCAAUCAAAGAGGAGUGUCAGAGGUCAAUCCUGCGGGUGGCGGAGCUGUCGUCAGACGACUUUCACCUCGACCGGCAUCUUUACUUCUCCUGCCGAGACGACCGCGAGAGAUUCUGUCAGAACACUCAGGCGGGAGAAGGGAAAGUCUACAAGUGUCUGUUCAAUCACAAGUUUGAAGAGGCCAUGUCAGAAAAGUGCCGUGACGCUCUGACCACCCGUCAGAAGCUGAUCUCUCAGGACUACAGAGUCAGCUACUCUCUGGCUAAAGCCUGUAAGCUGGACCUGAGGAAGCAGCGCUGCAGCCUGGACACCAACCUGCCGCGAGCCCGCGAGGCCCGGCUGUCGUAUCUGCUGCUGUGCCUGGAGGCUGCUGUGCACCGCGGUCGACCGGUCAGCGGGGAGUGUCAGGGCGAGAUGCUGGACUACCGGCGGAUGCUGAUGGAGGAUUUCUCUCUGAGUCCAGAGAUCGUGCUGCACUGCCGGACGGAGAUCGAGGCUCACUGCUCCGGCCUGCACCGCAAAGGCCGCACGCUGCACUGCCUGAUGAGAAUCGGACGCGGCGACCGCAGCACCACCGUCGACAGCGUCUGCCAGAGCGCCCUGCAGACUUUGAUCCAGUCCGCCGACCCCGGAGCCGACUACCGGAUCGACCGAGCGCUCAACGAGGCCUGCGAGUCCGUCAUCCAGACCGCCUGCAAACACAUUCGCAACGGAGACCCAAUGAUCCUGUCAUGCCUGAUGGAGCAUCUGUACACAGAGAAGAUGGUGGAGGACUGUGAACACCGGCUGUUGGAGCUGCAGUAUUUCAUAUCCAGAGACUGGAAACUGGACCCCGUCCUGUAUAAGAAGUGUCAGGGCGACGCUGCUCGACUGUGCCACACGCACGGCUGGAACGAGACCAGCGAGCUGAUGCCGCCGGGCGCCGUCUUCUCCUGCCUCUACCGCCACGCCUACCGCACAGAGGAGCAGGGUCGCCGGGUGAAUCCAAACGAGCAGUUAUCUCGGGACUGUAAGGUGGAGGUGCAGAGGAUUCUCCACCAGAGGGCGCUGGAUGUGAAGUUGGACCCCGAGCUGCAGAAACGCUGCAUGACCGACCUCGGCAAGUGGUGCAGCGAGAAGACGGACGCUGGACAGGAGCUGGAGUGUCUGCAGGAUCAUUUGGAGGACCUGGUCUCUGCCUGCAGGGACGUCGUGGGCAACCUGACCGAGCUGGAGUCAGAGGACAUCCAGAUCGACGCUCUGCUCAUCAGAGCCUGUGAGCCGGUCACCCAGGCCCACUGCCAUGAUGUAGCUGAUAACCAGAUCGAUACAGGUGAUCUCAUGGAGUGUUUGGUUCAGAAUAAACACCAGAAGGAGAUGAACGAGAAGUGUUCAGUCGGCGUCACACACUUCCAGCUGGUUCAAAUGAAGGAUUUCAGGUUCUCCUAUAAGUUCAAGAUGGCCUGUAAGGAGGACGUUCUCCGCUUGUGUCCAAACAUCAAGAAAAAGGUGGAUGUGGUCAUCUGUCUCAGCACCACGGUGAGGAACGACACGCUGCAGGAGGCGAAGGAGCAGCGGGUUUCACUGAAAUGUCGUAAACAGCUGCGGGUGGAGGAGCUGGAGAUGUCGGAGGACAUUCGGUUGGAACCAGAGUUGUACGAUCCCUGUAAGUCCGACAUCAGUCGUCUGUGUCCCAACGUGGCCUUUGGUAACGCUCAGAUGAUCGAGUGUCUGAAGGAGCAGAAGAAGCAGCUCAGUCAGCGCUGCCACCAGCGGAUCUUCAGGCUGCAGGAGGUGGAGAUGACCGACCCCGAGCUCGACUACCAGCUGAUGAGAGUCUGCAAGCAGAUGAUCAAGCGGUUCUGUACUGACGCGGAUGCCAGAAACGUCCUUCAGUGUCUGAAACAGAACAAGAACAGCGAGCUGAUGGAUCCCAAGUGUAAACAGAUGAUCACCAAGAGACAGAUCACCCAGAACACAGACUACAGGUUGAACCCGGUGUUGAGAAAAGCUUGUCGAGCCGAUAUCCCAAAGUUCUGUCAGCCCAUCCUGAACAAGGCGAGCGAGGACAGCGAGCUGGAGGGUCAGGUCGUCGCCUGCCUCAAACUCAAAUACGCCGACCAGAGGUUGUCUCCAGAUUGUGAAGACCAGAUCAGAGUGAUUCUUCAGGAGUCAGCGCUCGACUACAGACUGGACCCACAGCUGCAGAUGCACUGCUCAGACGAGAUCUCCAGGUUGUGUGCGGAGGAGGCAGCAGCUCAGGAGCAGACCGGUCAGGUGGAAGAGUGUCUGAAAGUUAACCUGCUGAAAAUCAAACAGGACGGCUGUAAAAAGGAAGUCCUGAACAUACUGAAGGAGAGUAAGGCGGACAUCUUUGUGGACCCGGUCCUCCACACAGCCUGCGCUCUGGACCUCAAACAUCACUGUGCUGCCAUCACACCCGGCAGAGGACGACAGAUGUCGUGUCUGAUGGAGGCGCUACAGGACAAGAGAGUUCGUCUGCAGCCUGAGUGUAAGAAAAGACUUCAAGACCGCAUCGACAUGUGGAGCUAUGCUGCAAAGGUGGCGCCAGCAGAGGGCUUCUCAGACCUGGCCGUGCAGGUGAUGACAUCGCCCUCCAAGAACUACAUCUUGCUCAUGAUCACACUGAGCGUGUGCAUCCUCUUCCUGGUGGGGCUGCUGUGCGGUCGGAUCACCAAGCGAGUGACGAGAGAACUGAAGGACCGGUAGAGGACGAGCGCUCAGACACUUGGGAAAAGACUGACUCCCCGCACCUUCCUCCUCUUCUUCUUCUUCUUCUUCCCCUUCCUCUUCCUCCUCCUCCUUCUCCUCCUCCUCUUCCUCCUCUCUCAGAUGCCCGGUCUGUAACCAGCCAACCUGCACAGUGCCAACGCCAGUUCAUACAUCUGGAACUCAUCUGGCUGCCCCCCCCACUCCCUCACGAAAACCUUUCAUCUCUAUUUGGGCAUUUCCAAACUUCGAGAGAGCACUGUCUGCCUGAUUGGAGUGUUUGUCCUUGAUGAUCAUAUUUUUCCCCCAAGAAAACCUGCUUUUGCCGAGGAUGACGUUUGGGGUUGGAUGAGAGGUCGUCCGGCAUCCUUUUAAGCGCUGUUCAUGAUGUGACUGAGGGCUGCUGCUUCUGAGUUUAGGAUUGCUUUCCACUCGUUGAGUCCUGAUGCUUUUUGUGAUAUUUAACGGAGACUGGAGCAUGUAGAGCAACAGGAAAUUAUUUCUUUCUAAGUGACUGCGGCUGCCUGAAUCGCACUCGGAGCAACUUGAAAUCUUGGGGCAAACUUUGGGGUUGAAUUCUGUGACGUUCCUGUUGCUUUUAAACAUUUUCUCAUCAAUCACGAAGUCCCGUCCUCUUCACUCCUGUGCAGGAUCACAACCAGCUUGCCAGGUACGGCUCUCUACAAUCCAAAACUUGAGGUGGCUGAACUGGUCCAAAUGUAAAGAUUCUUCUGGAUAUUUUCACCAUGACCUGUUUAGUCCCCAAUCCCUGUUCUCUGUUGCCUUUAAUGAACCAACACAAUCUGUCACAUAACACACAGAGGCUUCAUUUUCCGCGUUUUAACACCGAACAGUGCGGCAAGUUUUCUUUGUUUUGUGAGGGAGGAAGUCUUUGAAUGUGUUAUCCAAAUUAACAAACAUGAGACUGGUUUUCACAUAAUAGGAAGUUCCCUUUUUUUCAAAUGCCUGAUCACUUAUGUAUCGAUGACAUGCAAGAGAUCAGACCACGCUAUUAAACCUGCAGUGAGCUGCUAACCCACUGAAAUGCUUUCCCUCAGGCCGUUCACUCUGCAGGCCUUCGAGCCCAGUUCUAAAUUUCUGGCCCUGAUCUAAUUAUUUGAUGUUUGUUUCCACCUACUUCUAAAGUCCCAUCCUGCAUUUACACUCAAAACAACCUGCAUGUAAAAUGUGCACAUGCAAGUCACAGGUAAUCAUUUCAGUUUUUAAAAUGCCAUUUCACACAGGGUUGAAAGAUAAUAGCCUAUUCUCUUUAAAUUAGCCUAGCUUAGCAUAAAGACUGGAGGCAGGGGGAAACAGCUAGCCUGGCUCUGUCCAAAGUUAAUAAAAACACCUCUGAAGCUCACUAAUUAAAACACUGUGUCUCGUUUGUUUGAUUCAUACAUAAACAGAAAUGUAAAAACAACUAUUUGUGGUUUCACGGGGAGUUACGUACUGGAAUAAUGUUUUGGCCAACAACUGCCGGGUGCAGUGACCUACUGGAGGCGUCAUGGGUCAACACCGCGAGGUUGCCAGGCAACCAGCAGAGACGCUGCACAGGAGCGCUGGACUGACUGAUAAACUGUUUAUUUCUGUUCAUGUACGGAUUAAACAAACGAGAUAUAAUGUGUUAACCAGUGAUCUUUAGAGGUGUUAGGCAGGUGUAUUUUUAACUUUGGACAGAGCCUGGCUAGCUGUUUCUCCCAGCUUCCAGUCUUUAUUAUAAGUUAAGCUAAUCGCCUCCUAACUCCAGCUCUUAUAAACCCACUGUACGCCACCUGUCCUGCACCAAACAGCUUUUACUGUUGCCCCCAAGUGGCCAAACAAAUCUACUAAAGCAGCUUCAAGUGGUCUUGACUGCGGUGGGCGGGGCCUGUGGGCCACAGUGAGGCUCUACUAUCUAGUUGGGAAGCACCAAGUGCAGCAGUCAGGGUGAAUCUGGGUGACUGGACUAUUCUGAUCUGUGUGUUUAGAUCAAAGUUGCAUAUGACUGAUUAUCUGAUUCAGAUAAUUCAGAUUUAUUUCUACAUAUGACUAUAUCGCCUGAAGCUUGAGCUGACUAAUAUCUAUGUACAUUUUCAUUUACAUUAUAUAUACAUACGAGCAAAAUAUCUGUACUGGGUCUGUUUUUAAUUUCGACGUUAAACUAACUUGACAUUCAGAAGGAAGUUUCAGUGUCCCAUCAUCUAAAUGCUGUUUCAGAGGCACUGUUAUCCAAACAACUGCUGAUGAGUAUCAGAUGCAUCAAAUAUUAGUUAUAUUGAAGUUAAGUUACAGAAGAAGUUUGGCUUUAUGCGGACAUUACAACAAAAUCCCAUGAGUCAAUUUUGGGAAACCCAGAUGGAAAAUUAUCGCUCAGUAUUUUACAGAUAUUCAAGCCAUAAACAUAUUAUUGUUUUUGUUUCAGGCAAAUGACUUGUAACUUUAAUUGUAACUACAGAGAUGCAAACAUUAGUUAGCAUUUCAGUUGUUUUUGCUGAUUGAAUUUUUUAUUUUGCACUUUAACUUGAUGUACGUUUGUCGUUGACAUCAGCUGAUGGACAAUGAGCCUCAUUCAUCUCAUUCAUUUGUAAAAAGAUUUCUAAAAAGUAACCACAGCUUCCUUUUUAGCAAAUGUUUUGCAGCUUUUGGUUGUAUAUUAAUAUUUGUGAAUGAUUUGAAAACAGAAAAAAAGUUAUGGAUGCAGCAUUUACACUAUAUUUUCUGCUCAUUUACAAAAGUUAAUGAAGCUCAAGUUGCAAAUCAUUUGGAAACACAUUCUCGAAAGAUUUUGAGUGUGUAAAAAAGAAACGUCCUCUAUCUGAAAGCCGAGCCGAAGCCGUCGGCUCGCUGCUUUGAGCUUUUCUAAAUGAUCUUUAUGUUCCUGUAUGUGUCUGCUGAAAUCAGAUGUUGAAUCAGAGCGAUUUAACAGGAAAUAAACACAGCUAUCAUAACUAGUUUUGUACGUAAGUCUCUACGUGUACAAACUUUAUCGGUGUGCAGGUUUUUUUUUCUUUUUACAUUAUGCCAUGUAAUAUGAAGCUGUAACAGAUUUAUCAUUGUGAGAUUUGAUUUUGCUGUACAGAUAAAAUUUGUCAAUUUAAUAAAACUGUCUGCAGAUUUUCAUA